AUGAUUUCCUUGCUUGCGACGUUGGGGGCCGUGUUCCUCCCAUUGAGCUCAGCUUGGGACACGCCAAAGUUUAAUGCUCAAACAUCUUUCGGCCAUACAAACUAUGCAGAUGGGCUUUUCACCCCCGUGGAAUCCUUAUCAAGUCUGUCUACCUCAAGUUUUACGACGCUCGGUCAUCCUUUCUUUCCUCGCUACAGUGUUCGCGUCAAGAAGAGUCAGUUCUGCGAUGAAACAGUAAAUGCCUAUACCGGCUACAUCGAUGUUGAAGCUCGGCACCUUUUCUUCUAUUUCUUUGAAAGCCGAAACGACCCAGCCACGGACGAUGUUAUCUUUUGGACAAAUGGCGGUCCUGGAUGUUCGUCUUCUCUAGGCCUGUUUAUGGAACUUGGCCCAUGCCGUGUUCCGAGCGACAACGGAACAGUAUUCCAUCCCGAGUCUUGGAAUACGAACGCCAAUGUGUUUUUCGUUGACCAGCCAGUUGGAGUCGGGUUUUCGUACGCUGAACACGGCGAGUUUGUUGGCACAUCUGAGGACGCCGCCAAGGACAUCGCUGCCUUCGUCGCUAUCUUUUUUGAAAACUUUAGUCAGUUCAAAGGACGCGCUUUCCAUAUGUCUGGCGAAUCGUACGGUGGACGUUACCUACCCCUUUUCGCGUCUGCCGUAUACGACCAGAACACCAAACUAAUUGAGGCAGGGUUGACCCCAAUCAACCUCCAGUCUGUAAUGAUCGGAAACGGAAUGACGGACAGCUUCAAGAUGAUUUUAUCAUAUUACGACAUGCAGUGCUCACCAGCCUCCGUCGCACCCAUCGUCGACAUAGCCACUUGUGUAGCAAUGAAGAAUUUGUUACCUCGCUGCGAAAAGUGGAUGACGUCGGCAUGUGAAGACUCGUAUGACGCCAUCAACUGUGGUGCUGCAGUCGCGUUCUGCAGGAGCGCGGUUUCGGUACCUUAUCACGCUACUGGCAAAAACCCAUACGAUAUCAGCAAACAAUGCGAAGGAAAUAUCGCGGAAACACUUUGCUAUCCACAGACAAAAUACAUUCGUGAUUUCCUGGAUAGACCAUCUGUGAGAUCGCUCAUAGGCGUAGACAGCUCUAUAACGAGGAACUUCACGUCUUGUAGCCACGACGUCGGCGCUGCCUUCGGAGUCACUCAGGACAUAUUGCACCCAACCAAGGAUUACGUUGCAGGAUUAUUAGACCGUGGAGUGCGCGUACUUAUCUAUGUGGGUGCUUACGACUGGAUUUGCAACCAUGUUGGCAAUGAACGCUGGACUCUGGCUCUUGAAUGGAGCGGACAAUCCGAGUUCGUCCAACAGGAAUUAAAGGACUGGGUGGUAGAUGGUAAAUCAGCAGGAAAGACGAGGAGCGCGAAGGGAUUCACAUUCGCCACCAUCGCUGGUGCUGGACACAUGGUCCCGUAUGAUAAACCGAAGGAAUCGCUUGAAAUGGUGAAGCGCUGGAUUGCAGGUAAACCUUUGUAA